CCAGACUGUGGACGGGGGACGGAAGAGAGCUCAGCGGGAGCCAAUGCAGCAGCAGCACCGACAGCCUGAGCUGGUGGAAGGAAACCUUCCCGUGUUCGUGUUCCCCACUGAACUCGUCUUCUACGCCGAUGAGCAGACGUCUCACAAGCAGGUGCUCACCCUCUACAACCCCUAUGAGUUUGCACUCAAGUUCAAAGUGCUGUGCACAGCGCCAAACAAGUACACUGUGGUGGAUGCCACCGGAGCUGUCAAGCCACAGUGUUGUGUUGACAUCGUAAUCCGACUCCGAGACGUGCGGCCAUGCCACUAUGGGGUUUACGACAAGUUCCGUCUGCAGGUGUCGGAGCAAAGUCAACGCAAAGCGCUGGGCCGCAAGGAGGUCACGGCCACGCUCCGCCCCUCCGCCUCGCAAGAGCCCGGCGGUGGCCUCCGUUCGCAAGAUGAUGAGCGCAGGGCCAAAGACCAGAUGGUGGACAGCGAGUUUUUUGAGCAGACUGUUUUUCAAACAGAGAGCCGCCCUGCCGCUGGAGGCCCCAGUCUGUUGACGGUGCUGCUGGGGCUGGUAUGCGUGGCCGCCCUGAUGCUCCCAACCCUGGGGGAGCAAGAAUCCACUGUGCCUGUCUACCUCCACUUAAGUGUUAACAAGAAACUUGUAGCUGCUUAUGUUCUCGGACUUCUCACAAUGGUCAUCCUACGCACAUGAAAGGCAUUAAGUCGAGGGGGCUGAAUAAAUCAGAUAUUGCCACACACCACCAGUUUCAUUGGUCUACCUGGCUACGGGGAAGUUUUUUUUUCUUCUUCUUCUCCCUGUACUCUUUCACUCCUGAAACAUUUGAGUGUUUCAUUUUUCAAAUGCAGGUUUGUGUUAGUGGCACAUUGAUGUAAACUGACCUGUGGCGGUGCAAUCAGGGGAGUCCAUCCCUGAGCAGGACCUGUGAAGAAGUGCGAUUACCUCAUGCUUCCUGUCUGUUGCUAUGAAACUGAAGUGAGCAGCAGUAUGAGAGUAUGCAUCCUACAUGUAUAUAAAGCCAUACCAAUUUUCUUAUUGUAUUUACUUGUAACCAACAUUGUUUCAAGGCAUUUUAAGUGUAGAUUGAAAACAGAAUGCAGUUGUCUGCAUGUAUCGGUACCUAUCUGAUUUUUUUUCCAGCAGUCAUGUCAAGAAAAAGCCUUUUGCUCAAAAUACUUAUAUUCUGGACAUUUAAUAAAGUGUCAGUACAUCA